AUGGUCGAAUAUCCCACAUCCGUCACUGGGUGCAAAAAUAUUGUUAUCGUCCAUGCAUCAAUGCAAGGCUCAUCCCCAGCUGCUCUACUCGAUACUCUUAGCAAACAAGGAUCCGUUGAACUAGGUCUUCAAAACUACAAACUUCGUGGCCUAGCCACCAUUGAUGUCAACACGAUAACUGACGCCGAACUUGAUGCGUUACAUGCUGCAGGUGUCCGUGGUGCUCGUCUACAUGAGAUGUCCUGGGGACAUGGUAAACAGAGUGGUGGAAGCGAUAUUAUUGUGAAAGUUCGAGGUCUCGCCUCAAGACUGGCGCGACUGGGCUGGGCGAUUGGCAUUUUCUGCCCCGUUAGCGCAUGGGCUGCAAUGGCAGAUCUGAUACGCAAUGAGAUCGACCCUAGGAUCAAGAUGGUUGCUGACCAUAUGGGUGGGACUUUCCCAGGAGAGGAGAACACGGAGGACUUCAAAGUGUUUUUAGAGCUUGUUCGGGAGAAGAAAGUCUUCGUUAAGAUUUCCGGCUUUGAAAGACUAUACCAUGGCUUUGAGAGUGGUACGGAAAGUGUAAAGCCUAUUGCUACCGCUAUCAUCAAGGCUGGUCCGGAUCAAAUUGUGUUUGGAACAGACUGGCCACAUACGCAACUUGGUGUUUCGCGAAAGGGUAAAACAGACGAGGAGAGACUCAAUGAUAUUGAGGGGUUCAGAGAAGUUGAUGACACUGGUCAUAUUAGAAUUUUGAGAGAAUGGAUUCCGGAUGAUGAAAUUUGGCAGAAACUGUGGGUGAAGAACCCAGAGAAAUUGUUCAAUUAG